AUGAAUUGUAUUCUCGCAUUUCUCUUUUACAUAGCAGCCAAUGUUGAGGAAAAAAAGAAUAAUUCUUUUCCCAACACUCAAACUUUCGAAAGCCGAAUAGUGUUCCUGAGCUCGCGAUCCUCUGUAUCACACUAUAGCGUCCAUAAUUUUAAAAAGACCGUCGCAUUCCCUUCAUCCCGGUACUCUGAUAUAUUUGCAACUCAGACCAGGUUGGAUGAUCACAGAGAAUUAAGUAAGGACAAUCCUCCUAGCGGUACGUACGUUAAGGCAUAUUGCUCUUUUAAAUAUGAGGGUUUCGAAAUAGCAAAGAUAAUCAGCAGACCUCUGAAAAAUUGGUCCGCCAGUACCCAUAUUCAUUUUGGUGUUCACCCACAGGAAGCGGAGCAAUGUCUGAAAAAAGCCAAACCUAUCAUUCCUAAAGGGACAGCAAGGACCCCUAUUUCUCUAAAAAGUCUCUUAAAGGAGAGAGUUUGUGACGAAAAUUUAAUAGCUUACCUAGCCUAUGGCCGUAAAAUCGUGGUAGGUGGAAGAUUUAAAGACUUUGCUCCAACUAUUCAAGGAGAGGAGCUCGAUAUUAUUGCCGAUGUCCCAUUAAGCAUGGAGAACGUAAUUUACCAGAAAGAAAUCUUAAUGGAGCAUGAGACCGACGAUUUUCAUUCGGGACUUGUUUGGUAUCAAGGUCAUUUGCAUCUGUUUAGAUUAAAUUUAAGUGGCAAUGGGUGGUUUGCCGAAACUGACUUAACCAACGAGAUGGCAAAUGGAACUCCGAUAAUUGAGCAUGCAAUGCAAGCCCAUGAACAAUUAAAACAGCUCAAAGACCUAUGGGAGCAAUUAAUUAUCGUAAAUGGAGAGGGUGGCUCAUCACAGAGUCCGAGGGACUCGUACCUCGGGCCCAAAGAGUCGAACAAGAAAUUUCGUGAUCAAAUAACAAAUACUUUGAUAGAAAAACUUGAGGCUAGAACGGCGAAAGGAGAAAUUUAUGGAACAGCCCAGUGGAAAAAACGUUACGAGGGUUAUAUUCUAGGGUACAUGGGUUAA